AUGAGUUAUAAUCAACAACCUUACUAUCAACAACAACAACCCUAUUAUCAACAACAGCCCUACUAUCAACAGCCUCCACCCCAGUAUUAUCAACAGCCUCCACAACCACAGUACUAUCAACAACAACCCCAACAACCAAUAUAUGUUCAACAAGCUCCUCCCCAGAGAGGUAAUGAAGAUUGUAUGACAGCUUGUUUAGCUGCAUUAUGUGUUUUAUUUACUUUGAAUUUAUUCAUCUAA